CCGCCUCCGACGCCCCCGUCGCUCCCCACGGCCCCGGGGACCUCCGGCGAGGAGGCGGACAGCGGGGGCGGUGGCGGGGGCGGCGACGGGGACGGGGCCGGCAGCGGCGACGGCGAGGAGGAGACCGAGGGGGCGGCGGAGGGCGAGGGGGCCGUGGAGCCCCCGUUCAUCCCGGUGGUGGCGCGCAACUGCGAGGACCUCCUGGGCGGCGGCGGCGGACGCCCCCGCGCCAGCGGCGUCUACAAGCUGGGCGGCCACGACCUCAACCCCAAGGGCAGGGACUUCUACACCAGAUACUGUGACAUGCACACCAACGGAGGAGGUUGGACGGUGAUUCAACGAAGAGGAAAUUUCCAUGGACGGAGGCAAAAGUUUUCCUUACCAUGGAAAGACUACAAACGUGGUUUUGGAGAUUUAGACAAAGAAUUUUGGUUUGGAAAUGAUUUUAUCCAUCGACUCACUUACCAAAAGGACAUGGUUCUUAGAAUUGAGCUGGAGGCGUUCAGUGGGAAGAGGGCUUGGGCAGAAUACUCCAGUUUCAGCAACUAUCGGUUGACGGUGGGCGGCUACUCGGGCAACGCGACCGACUCGCUGCAAGUGCACGACGGAGCGUCGUUCAGCACCGCAGACAAAACCAACGACGCUGCGCCCGCGUGCUGCCCCUGCGCGCCGGCCUACGGCGGCGGCUGGUGGUUCGACAGUUGCUUUGAAGCAAAUCUUAAUGGGGUAUAUUUCACCCCAAAAGAUCACAGAGAAGAAUUUCGUGGAAUCAUCUGGGAACAUUGGUUGGGGGAUGAAUCCCUGAAAGCAACUGAAAUGAAAAUCAGGCCAAAGACUGUAACUGGGGCCAUAAUACGUGAAGAUCCAGGUUUUGAUGAACAUGGCUCAUCAUCUGUUGAUGAUGUAGAUCCUUUGGAUAUCCCAGAGGACCCCUAAUUUGCCUAGUCCUGCGUGUGCUGUACAUUUCCAAACCAGAAGGCAUUCUACCAGCAUGGAGCUCAGAUUCUAAUUAUAUUAAAAUUUAAUUUAUUUUCACUUUCUAUAAAAGUACAAUUAAAUCUUAAAUUCAUUCUUGGUUGAUCAUCUUCAUACUUAAUCAUUUUAUCUCAUAAACCAUUAAGGAAGAACAAUGUAGGAAAUUUGAAGAAAGGAAGUCUGAUGAACAAAUGUAUCACUUAGAAACACAAGGAAGAUUUCUUCCUUUCCAGACCUAAUGCUCAACCAGGAAUGACCCCUGGACCUUUUCAUCUUGCAAUGAAAUGAUCAUCAUUGUGUAAUGCCACACUGAAAGAGCACAAAUAAGUUCGCAAUAAAUUACUAGUAAAUUAAAAAUUAACUUAAUUCCCAUUUAAUUAGAAUUGUUCAUACAUUUUUAAUCACAAAACAUUUAGUUUUAAUUUUAGAGAGAGUGAUCAUAAAUUACAUUUUUGACAUGAAUCAGGAUCUUCUUUCUAAGGUCUGAAAUACCAUGUUUCAGCAAGAGUUUAUUCUUCAGGGAAUGUCUAUGUGACCUCACAUUUGGGGCAUAUUUCUGACCAGUAUUGUUUUUUAAACAAUUUGUGUCUAUGUCAUGGCGUAUGGUAUAUUUAUAAUGACUUAUGGAGCAUAUAGAAGACUCACUGGUCUUAAUAAUACAUCACCCACCCAGUAAAAAGAUGUUUUGUACUAUUAAUACUGCAAUUACUCAGCUGGCUAAAUAGCUUUUCGCAGUGACACUGACUCAUACAAAAAUAAAAAAGUAAGAGCAUCAAAAACCAUGGUUUAAAUGAGGAAAAUACACCAAAUACAAUGAAUUCAAUAAUAUCAUAAAAUAAAUACUUUAAUGCUUGGUUUCUUUUACUCCAAUAAAAUGUGCAUUUACCAAAAACAAAUUAUAAUCCUCAAAAUCAGAAGAGAUAUAGUUAAUUCACAAUGAGAAAUUCCAAAACGCACAAACCAGAUGAGUAAUGCUUAAUAGCCAUUAAUGUAAACAAAUACUCAGGCUCAUUGGUUAUGUUAGAGAAGAAACACAUUCUCAUGAUCCCGAGUAUCUCUAAGACCAAGAGUGUUUAUUUUGAUCUUUUUGAUGUUCUGUUCUAAGAAAUUUUUUUUAAUUUAUUAGUUAUAUUACUAGAAUUUCAAAGUUCUGCAAUACUUUGUUGUACUCUUCUUAUAAAUAUUGUAUAAAUGACCAACAUUCUACAUCUGCGAAAGGUUCGGAGAUUUAAUUGGGUUGUUAUUCAUUCCUCUUCAACGACAAUUCAACAAAACAUGUUCCAAUGUUUGAAUUCACUGAAUCUAUUACUCUUUAGAUGUUUUGCAAAGUACCAAUUAAAUUUCAAAUAAUAUUUUAAACAAUAUUUAUCUUAACUUUUCUUCUCAGACUGAAUAAUUAAUGAGAUUCUCAAAAGAGAAAAUUUUGAAAAUAUGCUCAGUCUUUGGUCAAAGGGAAUUGAAUUUAUUACAUAUAACCCAAUAGACCUCAUCACUACCAUUUUGUCAUCAGACAACAUUAAUUAAAAGUAACAUCUUAAUCCUAUUUUCUCAUUCAAUAUUCAGUUCUCCACAUCUUCAGGCCACUUUAAUCUGUUUAUUCAUCAAUUAUUUAUAAUUGAUUAUAAAAUUAUACACACACUUUUUUCAUAGUCAUCAUCUACCUAUCUCCCUUAAAAAUCUAUCUCAUCUGUUAUCUUUAUAAAAAUUUUAACUUUGCCUAAAAACUGUUUUAACAGUAGUAACUAUUCUCAUUACUUGCUUCUUAUUUCUGUGUCUUAUUCUUCUUGUAUUGAACUGAUAAUUUAAUUACCAAUCUUUUGUCAGUGUCUCUACCUUUCUUCUCCGUCAUUCCUGAUUUCAGUUCAAGAAGUAUUCUUUCUACUGUCCUGUUUAUUCUGUUUCAUAGCCUACACUUUUCAUGUAUCUGGCAUUUCACCCACUGGCAGAGUGUGAAUUUAUUUGGAGGAGAUGUCCAAAUUUUAACAGGGAGGGAGGGGGGCAGAAGGAUCAAUCCCAACGAACUAAUGAUAAUACUUGAUUUAUUCUAAGAGUCUGACUAAAUCCUGAGAUUGCCUGUAGGAAAAUUUUCCAAUUUUCUACAUUUGUGAAUUUCAAAUUGUGAAAAUCGUAAAUGAAGCACCUAAAUAAUUAAUACUUUUUCAGCAGAAGGCAUCAAAUGGUAUCCCACUGUCAAUUCACACCCUGGCCAUGGGACAGAAAGUCCUAGAAUAGUAAAGUUAAUGUUGUAGAAAGAUUUGAUACACCAAAUUCACUAAUGAAAAAUUAAUAAAACUGAUCUAUUUCUCCAGAUUAUAUUAAGUAAAAUUAGCAGUGUUACAAAUAAGUGGGUUUAUCCAGUUAUUUGACAUUGAUUCUGAUGUACUUAGUAUUUUUGUAAAUGUUAAAAUGUAAAAAUUCAUAUUCUUAAAAUAAUUAUAUUUUUUGUAUGUAAAUAGUGUAGAUGUACUUGCACACCAAAACAAAUUCUAAAAUUACGUACAUGUACAAAAUAUAGUAGUUUUUAAUAGAAUAACAAAAUAAUUUAUAUCAACAUAGAAUGUAGUCCUUUAGUUUUCAAUAUAUGAAUGUCAACAAUUUUUAACUUAAUAUUUUUAAUAGUCAAUGGAAAACAACAUUGUUCUUUUGUCUUCAUUAAAUACUUCUUCCCUUGAAAAUUCACUAUCACUUGUAGCAACAAGAUAAGUCAAAAAAUUACCCUGAAUCCAAACAAAAAUGGAAAUUUUACAAGUACACCAUGAAAAUAUCUGGAAAGAGCCCUUUUAAAGUAUCUACUGUUAGUCCUGUCACCUGGUGUCAAAGGGGUCUGAUCCAGGAAAACAGAACCACAAGUUUUUUCCUCAAUGGUUCCAUUACGUUUUUUGGAGGUGCUGAAUUAGGAUUUUAUGUUUGCCACCACAAGAAGAUUAGCUUCACAGAGAACAAUGAAACAUUAUUUUGAGCUAAAACAGCACAUACUUUCUCGCCCUUAGUAACAGUAACACUAUUUUUUGUAUAUCAUCAUUAU